GUGCUUUGCGAAGCUGUACGAGCUGCAGCGGCCAUGGCUGAUGCUGGAGGCCUGCGGGAAGUGCUCUUUUGUCCCGUUUGCUUGGACCUUUUCCGGGAUCCGGUGAUGGUCUCGGGUUGCGGCCACAAUCUUUGCCGGGCCUGCGUGGCCAAAUGUUGGGGGCAGAUGGAGAGGAGCCUACGCUGCCCUCAAUGCCUGGAGUCCCUCCCGCUGCAGAGGCUGUUUCAGCCCAAUCCUCUUUUGGGGAGCAUCGUGCAGCUCAUCCGGAAGCACGGCGGGACGUUCCCACCGACUCCCAGGCCUCCGGGCCGCCUGGCAGCAGACAGCCACGUGGAGGGGCAGAGACCUCCUGUAGUAAAAGCUCCUUUGAAAAGAGGAUCCUCCUCCAGCAGUGCGCCUGGUUCGGCCCCGAUCGCGGGAACGGCAACGGGGGUGUUUGGGGGAAUGUCUGGAGAAUCAUUGGUGCACCAAUCUUAUUUGAAGACAGAGAGAGAAACCAACACCGGUGAAGAGAAGCAAAGAGAAGAGUUGCUGAAGCAGACAGAGGCAGAAGAACAGCAGGUCCUCUGGGAAUGGAAGGAGCUGCGUGAGUUUCUUGAUGUGUGGGAAAGGCAUUUGCUGAACCAUUUGGAAGAGCUCAAGAGAGACGUUGUCCAGAGAGGCUGUGAGCAAGCUUCCAGCACGUUCAGUGAGGAUUCCUUGCUGCAGGAGCAGUUCAGAGAGCCAGGCACAGAGCAGCUCCCCAGCCAAUCAUUGCCGGGUGUUGGAAUCACAAGGAGCAGCAUGGAGGAUGGAGUGUUAAAGACUGACCUUGCUGUAGUGGAGCUGAAGCAGAGACUUGGCAACUUUUCCCGGAAACGGGCAAUCCUGCAGGAGGCGCUGCAGCAGUUCAAAGAGUAUCUCCAGCUGGAAAUUGAUGGGGAUGCAGGCUACAGAACAGUAUCCUCGUUUCAGUCCACACUGAUCCACCCUCUCCAGGAAGACGGAAGUGAAACAUCUGCAGCAGACAUGAUUCAGGAGCUGACAGCCUGCAAGCAAACUGCUAUGCUUUCAGAGGAGUUGCAGGUGGACUUCCCGUAUGCUGCCGCUGUUCUCCCCAAAACAAUCAAAGAGGAGGAGGAGGAGGAGGAAGUUGGCGUCUUUGCAGCCGACAUUACAUUGUUGGAUGAAAUUAAGGAAGAGGUUCCUCAGCAGAAUGGUUGUGAGACGGUGGAACUGCCUGCCACAAGACUGCGGAGGUCAGAAUGCAACACUUCUCAGAGUUGUGAGUGGAUGGAUCCAAGCCAAACCACUUUUACACCAGAAGGGCAGCAAGGAAAUAAUCUGGCGAAGAACACUGGUCUGUCUACUUGGCCCAAGGGAGGCUCUUUGAAAACAGCUGUCCAAAAGAGGAAAGAUAAAUGUUUCCCGUGCCCUGAAUGUGGCAAGACCUUCCGGCAGUUUGGUGUUCUGAUCACCCACCACCGCCUGCACACGGGCGAGAAGCCCUAUAGCUGCGCUUACUGUGCAAAGCGCUUCAGCGAUUACUCCAAUCUGAUUGCACACCAGAGAACCCACACUGGAGAGAAGCCCUACAGGUGUGCUGACUGCGGGAAAAGCUUCACCCGUAGCACGACCCUCACCAUUCACCAGAGAGGCCACACGCGGGAGAAACCCUAUCCUUGUCCACAGUGUGGAAAACGCUUCAGUCGGUCCUCAAACCUCACUAUCCAUCAGAGAACUCAUGCAGGAACUGGGGGGAAAAAAAUCACAUUCUUGAAUUCCGGGGGAGAAAACACAGGAAUGUAGGAAUCUUGAUAUUAUACCAUUGGCCUAUCUAACUCAGUAGUGUCUGCACUGACUGGCAGCAGCUCUCCAGGAUUUCAAAGAGAUGUCUCUCCCAGCCCUACCUGGCGUUGCCGGGGAUUGAACUUGGGACCUUUUGUAUGCAAGUUGGUGCUCCCAUCUAGACACACCUGCUGUAACUGCUCUGCCAUCCUCCCAGCUAAUGGCGUAGAUCUCAAGCUGCCUUGUGCCUCUGAAAAGGCACUUUCUGUCUCCCAAAGUCUGGCAGUGCCCUUGUCUUACUGCAGCUCCCCCAUCCCAUGUGAUUCAGAGGGCCCCUUGGCCCUCAAGGAAAGCUUUUUGGGGGCAGUGGGGUGCCCUGGCAUGCUAGAGCCAGGAAAGCCCUAUUGCACAAGUGGAGCCCUGCUUGUGCUUCUUUAAAUACAGCCUCUUGGCUGUAAUGGCCAAAUUUCAUGCUGUGCAGAAAAAGCCUACCUCAUAUUAGUUCUAAGUAACUGCAGGGAGGAGCCCCUUGGUGCACAGCUGGAAUCAAGGAAGCUAUUUUUGACUAUCCAGUCCAAUGGAUUUUCAGUAGAUGCUGGUUACCACGUUGGGCCAGAAUGGUAAAAAAGACCAACAAAGGGUAAAUAUAGCUUUUCUUGGCCCGGCAAAUAAUUUUUUGUGACUGGCAUAAAAGUUGUGUGGGUUGUGAGGUGUCACAGGAUUCUUUGUUGGGCAUGAAAAUGAGUAAUUUUCUUUGAGGUUGCACCUACCUAUAAAAAAAAAAGGCUUCAUAGCUUUGGAUCUAGCUGUAUUACAUCCUGGAGACCUGUAGUAGCAGCCUGGGGCUUCAUUGCAGAGUGCUUUAAAUUUGCGUCCCCAGAUGCUGUUGGACUACAACUCUCAUCAUCCCUAUUUAUUGACUAAGCUAGCUCAGGCUCAUGGGGCUUGUAGUCCCAAGGUUGAAGGCUGCUUCAUAGGGCGUUUUGAGCCUUUAACUAUGUCUCCCAAUGACAGCAGCCACCCAAACA